AUGAACAGCAGCCAAGUCGCCGCUUCCGCACUCAGCACACUACCUCCUGUUGUGUCUGAAGAGCUGCAAUCGCUCUCACGCAGUGGGGAGCUUGCAAAUGUUAUGGAUCAAGUUGACGAGAAUGAGGAGUUCCUUGCCGACGUCGACUGGCCAGCAAAUCCACCACCGCCGCAAGGACCUCUUGUAACUAGUGCAUCAGCAUCAACUCCUGUAUCUAGUUCACAAGCACCUCAAGCAAUACAAAACAGUUCAUUAUCACGCUCUGCUUCACUGUCUGGGUCUCAGGGUUCGACACUCACGGGCAAUCCUCAGUGGGAUCCUGUUUCGAUGGAGAUCCUUGCCAAGGCCGUGCUCAACCGCAAUCCAAACCACGCCCGCAACAACAGCGCAAAGGCGUCUGUGUGGGAGCCGAUCUAUCAAGAGUACAAGGCAGCAUGUCGACAAAAACGUCUUCCUUUUCGUGAACUGUCUGCCACAAAGAAGAAAUGGCGUGACAUGGUAAAGAAGCGCCGAGGACGACAUCAACUGAAUGCUCGCUCCACUGGCGGUGUUGGAACGACGUCGGUGACAGAGAAGCUUAUUGACGACUUCAUUGCCACAGAAGGUGUCAAUACAGCUGCAGCCCGUCGAUCUCUUCCAAGCACGCCAACACCAAGAUGCCGACGCCGUUUCGUGGAACUACCGGUUGAUCGCGAUCGACAGCAGUUUGCUGAGAUUGCUCGCAACACAGGUGACGGAGGCCCAGCAGCAAGGUCUUUGACAACGCCAAGUGAAAGGGCUAGCCAGGAACACUCGGUGACUUCUGAGUCAGGGGAUGAUAGGGUUGGCAUGCAGACAGCUUCGAUUCAUGGAAGAAUCACUCAAGGCUCAAAUGGAGCUGUCAAAGGCACAGUUGAACGUCCAAACACGUGGACAAACAGAGAUUCAAACGAAGAUGGAAUCGUUGGACAAUCGAAUGCGAGCAAGCCAGGAACAGACCGACAGGUUGGAGUCAAUGGUAUCAACAAUGAUGAGCAUGAUACGAUCAAACGCCGCUGCAGGGCCCUCAUGUGGCCAGAGACAUCGCCGCAGCUCUAG